UGACAGGUGACGCAUGAUGUUUUUAGGUUAAAUCAGCUGUAUAGUAUAAACAAAUUUAAAAAUAAAUUAAAUAAUUAUACGUUAUUUCGAAGCUAAUUUGUUGGCAACUAUUUGAAUUGAGUUUCUUUUACGUAACAUAUCUUGUUAAAACGGUCUCAUUCGGUUCAUUUGCGCAUUAACGCCCACACAAAAUUAACAAUGUUCCCAACAACGAAUGUAAAAGCCGGCGAAAUCCUCUUAAAAGAGCAACCGUUCGUUUACGUCCUAAGCGGGAAAUAUCGCACUGAACACUGCGAUCAUUGUUUUGCCAAGGGCCAAUUGUUGAAGUGUUCUGGAUGCCAAUAUGUACAUUAUUGUGGCAAAGGAUGUCAAAGAGAAAGUUGGAGUAUACAUAAAAUGGAAUGUGAUAAAUUAAAACGGAUUAUUCCGAGGAUUGUUCCCGAUGCUAUAAGGCUUAUUGCAAAGAUUAUUCACAAAAUUAAUAAGGGGGGUGAAGGUGUACGAUCAUAUUAUACUAGAGAUAGAUUUAGAACUUUUAAGGAUCUCAUGUCUCAUUAUUCGGAUUUGAAGUUAGACCACCGUCGAUUGGAACAUUUCACCACAUUAUGUGCUAUUUUAUUUGAAUUUAUACAAGAUACAUCCUUACCAAAUUCAGCUGAAUUAAUUGGUAUUUACGGAAGGAUGGUUAUUAAUAGUUUUAAUAUUUGUGAUUCCGAACUGAAAUCAAUUGGCGUUGGAGUGUAUUUAGGCGCUUCAGUAAUUGAUCAUUCAUGUAAACCGAAUGCAGUGGCUACUUUUGAAGGAACCACUUUAUUUAUACGUACAUUAGUUGAUUUAAAAGUUGUUGAUUGGACAAAAGUUUUUAUUAGUUAUAUAGAUGUUUUAAACACUCCGCAAGAUCGUUGCAAUGAAUUAGAACGACAAUAUUACUUUUUAUGUAGAUGUACAAAAUGUAUAGAAGAUAAAACGAACUUAAAUUUUAUGUACGGAGCUGCUUGUCAACGAAAAAGUUGUGAUGGUUGCAUCGAUAUGUAUAAUUACAAGGAAGGUUUUACAUGCAAUAAGUGCCAUACAGUUCCGGAGCAAAGCUUUGUUGAUGAAUAUAAAGAAGUUACCGAUUAUAGUAAAGAUUGUAUCGAUAAAAUGAAAAAUGUAGCUUGUAUCCUUAAUAAAGCAGUUAAGGAAUUAGAUUAUGAUUUAUGCAAAGUUUGUUUAAAACGCCAAGAUAAAAUUCUUCAUAAAUUAAAUACUUUACACAUAAAGGUGUUGGAUUUAACGUUUGAAAGUUCUAUUGACUUUUGUCAUUGGGAGGAAGCGAAAGAACUUGGAACUGAAUUACUGGAUGGUUAUUUAUUUUAUUAUGACGAUUUAAACCCAUUACUUGGCCUGUUAUACAUGAAACUAGCAAAGAUUUGUGCUUUACUAAACGAAGAUUUAACAGCGAUUGAUUUCUUAAGAAAAGCUUUCAACAUUUUAAAAAUCACCCACGGCAUUCAAAGCAAACUCUUCCGAAAUGAAAUAAAACCGUUAAUGGAGCAACUUUCUUACGGGAUGACUUUUAAUAAUUAAAAAGAAAUUGUUAAAAUAAACUCAAAACGAAAAUGUAGUGUUCUUUAAUGUUUA